CAUGCCGUUUCCCUUGUAGCGUAUAUGUUAUUCUUUGACAAAAUUGUACCUUUUACGUUUUGCCGAUGGUUAUUUUUCUUCGGCACUUUAACAUUUUAUAUUGUUCUGUCAGGGUUUUUUCGUUAUUUCUUAUGCUUUAUUCAAAUUCAACGAUGGGAAUAUUAUCUAGGUGACCCACUUCUCCCCACAAAUUCCGACGGCGAGUUUAGACCCUUUAUGAGACGGUUAUCCGAGUUUAAGUUUUGGAAAAAUUGUACGAUUGGCACGGCCAUAUCCAUAACUUGUACUUUCUUCCCAUUUUUCGAUCUUCCUGUGUUCUGGCCGAUUUUAUUGAUAUACUUCCUUACCCUUUUCUACGUUACUAUGAGGCGGCAAAUUGAGCACAUGAUACGCUACAAGUAUCUACCCUUCACAUACGGGAAACCACGCCCUCAAGGCAAGUCCGUUCUGCAAUCCAUCUGA